CGAUAGCUGCAGUGGUAUGUAUACAUGUACAAGGAACUGAUUAGAUGCGCAUUCGCUUGAAAACAAAAUAAAUUUGUGUUCGCGAUUAACGUACAAGAUUCCGGAAACAAUGGCGGGACAGUUGCCUGAUAAGUACAUGGAUCAGCUGGAGUCCUGGAUUGGAACGGGACCCAAGAUCUUUUCACUGCUCUACAAGAUAACCUGGGAUGGGUGUAACUCAACACCAUUUCACCAGAAAUGUGACAACCAAGGACCCACUGUGACAAUAUUGUACAAUCAUUGGGACUCCGUGUAUGGGGGAUAUGCAAGCGCCAAUUGGAACAGUGCUGGUAAUCAUAUUCAAGAUUCAAACUCGUUUCUGUUUCAAUUGAAGUUUUCUGGAGCUCCAAAAAAUACCAAGUUUCCUGUAAGCAAAGUCCAGUAUGGGUUGUAUGGAGUAAGCUCUCAUGGGCCAUGUUUUGGCGCGGCUUUAGAUCUACAUACCUUCAAUGGAACGAUUAACCAAACUGGAGGCUAUUUUCCGUUAAACGGUACCAUGGCCAUAGGAAACUAUUACAAUAGCCAAGGUCUAUCUGCGACUCAAAUCAACAAUGGAACUAUGUACGUCACUGAACUAGAGGUUUAUCGAGUGACAGAUGGAGAAAGGCAAAAGACUCCUGUUCAACCGUGGAGAAAAACUCCUGAAUGGAAUGAAAAGUUUCUUGAGACGCUUACCGAGGACAUCGUAUCGUUCAAACCUUCCGGAGAGUUGGGACUGUCAGAUGUUCGUAUCCUGAUGCUUGGUCCAGUGGGGACGGGCAAGUCCAGCUUCAACAACACCAUCAACUCGGUGUUCAAAGGCCGUAUCUCGCAGAGAGCUCGAUGUGGGAAUGCUACACAUAGUAUAACAACCGCGUACACCCCAUAUGUAGUGAAGGCGCGUUCAGGAGCGUCGUUGAAUUUCCGGUUUUGUGAUACACGUGGUCUAGAAGUCACGCAAGGUCUUGACAUUCUGGAAUGUAAUUACUUACUCGAUAGAAACAUUCCAGACUAUUACGAGUUUAACCCAGCCACGCCAAUCUGUCCCGACAAUCCCGGGUUCGUGCAUCAUCCGAGAGUACCUGAAAAGAUUCACUGCGUUCUCUUUGUAAUCGACGCAAAAACUGUGGGCGACAUUCCACCAAAAUUGGUUGAAAAGAUGAACAGCUUUCAAAAAAUCAUGAAUCACAAGGGUAUUCCACAAGCCGUUCUGCUGACCAAAGUCGACUUGGCCUGUCAAGAUGUUGCCAGUAAAAUCUCCAACGUGUUUACCAGCAAGACAAUUGAGACUGCGGUGGACAAGGUAUCCGGGUUGCUCGGGUUGCCUAGAAACAACAUACUUCCGGUGAAGAAUUACGAGAAUGAGAUGCAGCUGGAUGACAACAUCAGCAUCCUGGCGUUGCUUGCAGUGCGGCAGGUGUUGUACUUUGCAGAAGAUUACAUUGAGAAUCUUCAGGAGAAGAUGAACGCGCGCAAUGUCUCCAGUGAGAAGCCUUACAAACAGGGAAAUAAAGAGAAACGCAGCGACAAAGAAUAAUAAAAACACUUCAAUAAUGACACAGUUUGGACACCAUAUAGUAAAAUAACGUGUAACAUGUUAUGAAUGACAUCUAUGUAUAAAAAGCUUUCUUUUAAAACAUAUUUAUAAUCUGUAUUACUCCAAGUAAAUGUUGUCUUAAAAUAUCAGAUAAAUAACACAAUGUUAACGGCAUGUGCUAAUGUGUUUAUGACAGUGUUUUAUCUAUUUGCAAUUGUGCACAUUUUAAAUUGUAAGUUACAUUUGUAUAUUGUAACAUUAUCACAUGGAUUUAUAGGAUGUUCUCAUGAUAUCUUACUUACAAAAAGUAUUGCAUGUUGCAAACUGCUUUCACUGGCUACUUGUAUUAAUAUUCAUAUACUGUAAUUGUCUUUGUAUGUUUCGUCCGAGUGUUGUAUACUCGUUCCAAAAGUCUUGCUUUAACGUUUGUUUUUAACUUGUUUAAAAUGUAUUGUUUUAUUUGGUUUCAAAACGUAUCCUUUUUAAUUACAUUGGCGUAGUGUAGUGAUGUUGCAAUUACAAUUGUCACUUUCAUUUAACGCAAUAAGAACGUACAUACACACUGUCAUAUAACUAACGUAAAGAAAUUUAACGUAUUUUAAAGAUACUGCCACGCCACCCCCCCCCCCCCCAAAAAAAAAUAUAAAUACAUAAAUUCGGUUGGUAAACAUUGUGUCAAUUCGAAACUCUCAGAUAUACCUAUGUCAAUUCAAUAUCCUGUAAGGCAACAUUUGGCCCCUGAUGAAAUGCAUGUUUGGCUAAUUGCCUGGUUACAAUAUCAGCAUUAUGACCUACUCAUAAUUAUUAGUAUCCACUAACUCGACCGACGAUAAUAGAUUUAAUUCGGAACUCGCGCGCUUUGGGUUUUUCCGAUUUCUUAGCGCGCGCGGGAGGUACAAACAUUGUUAUUAAUACAGUAAUGACCAGUUAUCGUCGAUAUCCGAUUUGCUUCCCAUUUAGAAGUGAAUAAUAAGUAUUUAAACGACAGUAGUGUUUCUUUUAAGAAAUGUCAAAAUUCAAGUAUUUUGUUGUUAUUACUAUUAUUAUUAAUAAUUACACAUAACAAAAAAAAACACUGAUAUACAUGUAUGUCAAACGUUUAAUACAGGAUUGAAGUCUAAAUACACCGUUCAGAUGUACAGCCGCCAACACGAAUGGGUCCAGUAGCUAACAUCCAUAAAAGACAUGAAAAAACAGAUUUUGUCAGCUGUAUGGUAAUGUAAGGAACCUAUACAAACGGUUUGACAUAUGCACUAUUUCUUCUGAAAAACAUUAUUCAUGUUUUUGUUUUUUCGGCAUGCUUUAUAGAUAUAGCAAAUAAAAGUCAUGUAUGGUAAA